AUGGUGCGAUUCGAGACUAGGGAUGGCCGUACGAUCCGCGUGAAUCUGGCUCUACUCGAGAAAUCUUUGGUGAUCCGCGAGAUGUGCCGCGUUGGCCAGGUCCCAGAGGACGAGGACUUCGUCCUGCCGCUGCACGGCAUACUCAGCAAUGUCCUGCUGAAGAUCCUGCUGUGGGCUGAGUACCACGAGAAGCACGAGGAGCCCGCCUGGGUGGCCAGUAAAGAUCCUCUUCCGGCCGCGGAGAUUGAGCUGCAGAUCUCCGACUGGGACAAGGAGUUCCUGCGCGUGGAGAUCGAUAGCAUUUGCGAAAUCAUGGAGGGCUCCAACUACUUGGACAUCCCUUGGCUCUAUAAGCUCUGUGCCCAGAAACUCGUAUUCCUCAGCAGACGCGAGCCAGAGUCGCAGUUAAGCGGUUACUUGGAGAAGAUCCCACCCCUAGGCGAGUUCCAGGCCCUUUUCAAUGAGGAAAUUCAAAGUGAAUAGGCUGAUUUGUAAAAGGAACGUCUGGGUUUAAAUUGUCUCUGGGCUGUAUUCAAAACU